UUUCAUUGGUCCAAAAAUUGCAUUUUCGCCUUUAUCAGUAAUGUAUGGAAGAAACCGUUUAGGCGGCAAGCAUGAAAAUGUCAACACAUUCUGUGUCGGUAAAAUCUUGACAGUAAUAGUAAAAUCGUCUGGAAAGUUGUCGGUAUCUCCGAAAGAGGAAGGCAGAUCAGCUUAAAAGGGUUUGUGAAGCCAAGACCUGUUUACACUAAUGUAACAUAAAACAACCAAAAUGGUUGGUAGUUCGCAAACUAUGGAUUUAGAGGCCAGAUUUGGCCACAUCUUACAGCCAAUCAGAGAUCUGACUCGUAAUUGGGAUGUUGACAUCGCUGGAUACCUUGAGGAAUACUUAGAGGAUUUGGAGAAGAUUGUCAUCACGUUUAAUAAUGGCCAGACUACCAUGAACUUUGCAGAAGCUGCCCUUCUUAUCCAAGGAUCAGCUUGUGUUUACAGUAAAAAGGUGGAGUACCUGUACACACUUGUUUAUCAAGUGCUGGAUAUGAUUGCAAAUAAAAAAAAGCAGAAAAAACAAUCAUCAGUUGAUGAAGAUGGUAAUGAUGCUGAUGCAGACUUCAACAAAGAGGACAAGGAAGAGUUUCUUGUUCUGGAUGAUACAAAAGAGACCAAGCAAGAAAAACUGCAGAACCAUGAUGACCCAGGCAAGGAAUCACAAGUACUUCCUAGAACCCCAGCCAAUCUUGUUGCACAAGAAGAAGGCGAAAAGGAACCAAAUGAACUCCUGAAUCACAAGGGAGAAGUACUAGGGAACCUGUCAGAUUUCCAGCUGAAUCGCAGCAAAAUGCGGCCAGAGGGAGGUGUCUAUCUUGAUUCCAACCUUCUUCCCUUUAUUCACUCACAUCUCCGUCUUCUGGCAUCAUCAACGCCAUUUCCAGUUCACAACAAAGGACAACUUGAAACAACAGAGGAAGGAGUCAAAGAUGUAGAUGUGCCUGAGAACAAAAGAGCAGAUCUCCAAUGUGCAGAUGUAUCCAUGCAGGAUGGAGGAGACGAUGUAUUUGAGCAGGUACCAGAAGAUGAAGGUGAAAAACAGCUGGAGACUGUCCCUCAACAACUUCUACCCAAAAAAGUUCAAUUUGCUUUGCCAAAGCCUCAUGUGGACCACUGGGUCAUGCUAGAUCCAUACAGUGCUGGAACACUGUGUGAAAAGAAGCAGAAAGUUGGGCGUACCUUUAAACUACCUCCUUGCGUAGAGCAGUCUGGAACAAAGAAACGGAAGCGAAAAGGACUAGAAAAAAAGCUGCAACCCAUCUUAGAUUUUGUGCAGGCACGAGUCUUUUCUCACAGACCAAAGUUUCCUAAAGAUCCAGCAAAAGUCCCAACAUUUCCUGAAUUUGAUGACAUGUUCUGGAAGGAGUUUAAAAGAAGAGAAGAAAGUCAGAAACAGAAAAGAAAGCAACAGAUACAGCUGGACGUUAAGGAACAAAUAGAUGAGCAACUGCUAGAAGAGAAUGACAUUGAAGAUAAUUGGCCAGCUCAAACUGAUGAUCCAAAUAGCAGGGAUGAUGGGGAUGGAGGUGACAACUUUGAACCAUCACAUUUUCAGAUGCAGGACAAUCUUUUUGGGCCAGUUGUGGCCUUUGGAGGAGAAUUUAUCAAUUCUCUUGGCUCUUCUGGAUCUGUUGGAAACAGUUAUGAAGAGCUUGUCAGGCAGCAUGUGGAAAACUAUUUGGAAAGUGCUGCUAAAUAUGUCCAGAUUUCAGAACUUUCUAAGCGAGUUGCUGAAUGGGAAGAAAAAAUCAUUCCACGAUUGCAAGAAGAGGAGCAGAGAGAGCAGUUUGACAUUCACAAGUAUGGAACAAAAGUAAUAGAACCCUUGCGGAGAAACCAGAAAAUUCCAUUUCGCCAGGUUGUAGCUGGCAAACCUAUCUUCCAGAUAGGCCGUUUAUUCCUGGCUACCUUACAACUGGCAAACACCUACAAUGUCGAGCUGUCAUGCCCAGGAUACUUUGAAGAGGCCAUGGACAGGCUGGAGAUCAGAUUACUUUCUCACAAACGGCAUUAUGAAGAACUGGCUGAAUACCAAGCUCCAUCACUUGCACCAAAAAAAUAAAGAUGGGUUUGCUGCAGAUAAUGCUUUCAUACAUACUAAUUCAUUAUCAAUCGUUGUGGCAUUUGUUUUUCACAACUUUCUAUUGUGUGUAAUAAAAAGUAAACGUAGAUAAAUAUAGUCAUCUUUGCACUCAAGUACCAAGACACAUUCUGAGAACAUUAAAACAUUGUAUCAUGGAGAAAGCAGAAUACUACUUGUUGGGUGGUCGUACAGGAAUUUAGUUGUUGCACAAUAGCCAUUGACACCUUUGCAAUGUCUGCUGAAAACUACAAAUGACACAUGGAUCCAUUCAUCUGAAGUUGUUGGUCUUGAUUACACAUAGAGGCCCAGCUCUUGAGAUGAUAUAAUCACAAGUCUUGAGCUUAUAGUUCUUGUAACAGUUGCUGAGCUAAACUUUUACACAGACUUUUCAGAUGAGUCUGCUUUUUUUGGCCUUCAGGACAUACUCCCAAAUGAAUUCAUAAAGCAUACCCAUCGAUACCUAGAGUUGUUUAUAUGAAAUUGACCAGCAAGCAGUCCUUGGCUGCUUUUGUAACCUAGGAAAUAUAACCAUUCUCCACUUGCAAAAGAGCUUGACAGAAAUUCUAUUAUUAGAAAAACCUCCCAAUACAUGUAUUAUGUACAUAAUGAACAAAUAAACCUUUUAAAGCUUA